AUGUCAAUGGUUCUUGCUUCCAAUUACUUAGUGACGCUCAAGAGAAAGGUAUUGUUUGGGGUAAAGGACGUAUUGAAGGAGACUAAGCGCUAUCUACAAGAGGCCAAAGAAGCGGCUGGCGCGGCAUCGGUGACAGCAAAUCGCAUUGCUGACAUGGAUGCAAAGAAUCGUGCCUUGGCUGAAGUUGAGGUUGCUGAGCAAGCCGUUCGUGACGUGGAGAGAUACCGCAGCGAAAUUGAGAAAGUGAUAGAACAGAUUGGGGAUAAGGAGACGGACUCAGAGAGCUCCGUCUCCAAGGUGCCAACUCCUCUCGGUGUUGAUUAUUACGUGGCAAUGGCCCGGAUCUAUGCUAAUAGGGCUGAUGAGUUGCAUAGGGAAUCUGUGACUCACCUUAACGGUGCUAGUGUCUCAGCACGGGCUGCUAAGGAUGCGUGGAGGAGGGUGGAAGCGGAGCUGAAUCCAGUUCCACAGAAAGAGACACACUCUGCCCCGGUCCCCGGAAAAGACAUUC